AUGUGCCAAUGGGGCACCUGCACUGAGUUAUGUAAAGACGCUAAAAACAAAUUCAACUGCACAUGCGCAAUAGGAUAUUACGGCCGAUAUUGUCAAAAACGAAAAGUCGCAUCAUGCAAAGAGCAACUGCAGAGAAACGAAGGGAGCCAGUCUGGAGUCUACCAACUUUUUGAGCAAACAACUAAGGCCUUGUACGAGGUGUACUGCAAUUUUAACUCUAGUGAUGGAUCUGCUUGGACACUCAUCGAGUCAUUCAGCUUGGCAAAUAAGGGAGAUUUUGCAAACAAGGAUUUUCAGGAAGACUACCCCAUAAACCAAAACGCUUUUGCGUGGGAUAAUUUUCGUUUAUCAUUAUCCAGGAUCACAACUACUGCUUUGCUUUCCACACACAUGAGGGCGACCUGCAACUUUGACAUGCGUGGACUUAACUACACUGAUUAG